UACAGCUGACAAUUUAUUAAUUGUCACAAAUGUCAUUAUACAAUUUCUCUUGUGGAAAAAAUAUUAAAUAAUUUUUGUGAAAUAAAUAUUACUGGAGAACGUAUAACUACAAAAUGAGUGCGUUAAUAAAUAUUGGCAAACAAACUUGUCGCUUAAGUCCAACAACUUUAAAGGGAGUAUCGACAAAUGUUUUAAAUAACAACGUCGUCGCCAUUUCGACAACAGCUAGUGCAUGCCAUGAAGCAAAGCCACCAAAAGAGAAGAGUGAACGUGUAAAGGAGUUUGAGAAGAAACUACGUGCAAAAACACCAAUUGGCAAAUUAGACGAAUUUUCACAACAUCCAUUCCAAGAGAAGGAACCGUUGAAACCUUGGCCCAAUGCAACUAAUCCACAUACUGGUGAAAUAGGUGGUCCUGCUGGACCGGAGCCAACACGCUACGGUGAUUGGGAACGUAAAGGGCGUGUGACUGAUUUUUAAAUUUGUAAACUACAUGUUUAUUAAGAUGACUCUGUGUUUCUUUUUUCCAUAUUAUUAAAUAAUUUCGCUCCUAAGUUAAAUGUUA